AAGAUUCGAGGUAUAUGUGCACGUGUACAUUGCAAUGCACACUGUGGGCGUCACAUAUACAUGUGCGAGGGGCUGUUUUUCUGUCAUAAUCUUUUACGCGGGAAACCUGGUAACCUGAUACCCUGCCCCCCUCGGAACCGGACAGUGCACGUAGCAACCAGGGCCUAGCAACCGAAUACCGUAGUAAGGACCGUUAGCCAACAUGGAGUUUCCUUGCGGACGGUGCCGCAAGGAAGUGGACGAUUCCGAAUGCAGUAUUAAAUGCAUCCAGUGUGAGGAGUGGAAUCACUGGUGGGUGUUUUUGAAUAACGCUAAGAACGUUCAUUAAUUUGCUUUAUGAUUAGCUAGAACCUGCGACGUAUUUUAUUACGUAAUUUUAUGCACAAUGUAUUGACAUUCCUAACAUUCCUGCAAUGCCUCUUAGCAAGUACGUAAUAAACGCUAUUGUAAAGGAGAGCCUUUGUUCUGGCGUGUCUGCCGCUGCAUAUGUGUGUCCGUCGUUUGCCUGUGUUUGCGGAUACAAGUGGUCAGCAUACGUUUAGAAGAUCGUAGUGAAUGUGAUUUGUGAUGACAUUUGGUAGAUCUUGUGAGGAAGACGGUCAAGGUCAAGGUUGGGUCCGUAUAGCCGAGGUCAGCAGUUCAAAGUGCAUACGCUCAGUUCGGCUUUAUAACCAGUGGCUUCGGAAAGAAUAGGAAAACUUAAAUUAUUUUUGUCGAUUGUACCCUGAAGACGAACACCUUAUUCUCUGUAAUCUCCUUGUAGACCAUGCUAUGACUUUUGAAGCGUCGAAAAUUCUUAAUUUGAGAGCCAUGUAAAUCCCCAUAAGCAAAAGAAAUUAAACAAAAAAAACUGUGCCCUGCUACCUUCAACAUUAGCGGGAACUAGCCCGCGAGAGAAGGCGAAGGUCUAAUACGUUUGUGAUGGAUAGAUUCUGUCCUUACAUUACAGUAAGUGUGUGCCAAUGACGCCAGGCAUAGUGGAGUUGUGGUGGCAGGACGAGGAACUUGAUUUCUUGUGCCCCCGCUGUGUGAUGCCAACAACCCCUGGAUCGGGCCACUACAACAUUGAGGCCGCUUUGAAACGGGUGGCAGAGGCGGCGAAAGCAUCACAAGUCACGCUCACAUCUGUAGUGAAGCGAGAGCGCCUCCUGCUGAAGACGUAUAAGGUUACCCUAUCUAAAGUUACUACAAACUACGGUCCUGGAGAAUUGGACCAGACGUCUUUAGAACUACUGCGGAGGUUUCCUAAAGCGGCUCCAACAAGGCGCAAACGGGCAAAAAACACUGUUCGAGCGGAAGCAGCACAAGAUCAGGACUCCCCACAGGCCACCGAUCGCGAGAACACAAGACAUGACCUUGAGCCGGACGUGGAUGUUGUGCCGUGCAGCCACGAAGGGCAGGACUCCCCGCCUACUGGAGAAAUUUCAAGCACCCAGGUCAAAAAAUCAGAGGUUGUGCCAGCUAGGCAGGGUCGUACUUGUGUAGUGUGUAGGGAAAGUAUCCAGCGCAAACAGGAGAUCUUGGUGUGUGAAUGCGACGGGUUACAACAUCGUACUUGUCAGUCAGGAGUCACUAGGGAACUGUUCCUGCUGAUGGUAAGAGGGAAAGCUGAUGAGGAGCUGAAUGCGUGGCGCUGUGCUGACUGCUCCCAACGUCAUAGGAUGGAUCAGGACCUUACCUCCCGGACUGCAACCGAGAACAUCACACGUACAGAUGAUCUCGAGGGGGAUGAGGAUAUUGUGCCGUGUAGCCACGAAGGUACAAACAACACCAACGCAAGCUUCAGAGAGGAGAACGCCACGGUGGAGAACGCCGAUGCUUCGGAGGAGAACGCCGACGCCACGGAGGAGAACAACGUCGCCACGGAGGAGAACAACGACGCCACGGAGGAGAACAACGACGCCACGGAGGAGAACAACGACGCCACGGAGGAGAACAACGACGCCACGGAGGAGGAUUUUGACGUUGAUGACCCGGUCGUCAUGCCCCAUGUCACCAUGGAGGAGUCCAUUGGUGAUGUGCGCGUGGAGGACGAGCUACCCGGCGCUGAGGAGCAGAGGGAUGUGACCUUCACGUUUAUCCCAAGGGGGACAAAGAAAGGACGUGGGAAGCUGACUGACAGCCUGGGCUAUUCCUACACAGUCAAGAGGCCCAAACCCACAGUGACGUACUGGGAGUGUUCCAAGAGACGAAAGAACAUGAGGUGUCCUGCAUCUGUGGUGGAAAGGGAUCAGCACUUCAGACGUGGCCAGAACUACCACAACCACCCACCGGUGGUCAACUCUGGAACAAAUAUCAAGAUUCAGGCUGCAGUGCGUGCGAAAGCAGUCGAUGACGUUUUCAAGUCAGCACACAGCAUCGUGCAGGAGACGCUGUUGGAAAACGUGGACCAGAGUGCGCCCAAUCCGGAGCUGCCAAGGAUAGCAAAUCUCGUGCGAAUGGCCAACAGAAAACGGGAGGCCCUGCGACCCAAAGACCCCACAUCCGUGGACUUCGAGGUCAACUACGACUUCAUCCCUGACGGGUACCUCCGCGCGGAUGUGUGGGUCAGGGGGAAAAGACACCUUGUCUUUGCCACCGAGCAACAGCUGCAGCAGUUGGCCAAGGCGAAGAACUUGUACUGUGACGGGACUUUCUUCGUGGUGCGGUCGCCCUUCACUCAACUGUUCAGCGUGCACGCGUUUAUACGCCAGGGAGAGGACUACAAACAAGUCCCGCUCAUCUUCGUGUUGAUGAGCAGGAGGGAGAAGGGCGACUACAAGGAGGUAUUCCAGGCCAUCAAGAACAUGCUGCCACGGGAUCCCCAGGUCGAGAACUUCGUUAUGGACUUUGAAGACGGGAUGUGGGGCGCAGUGAAGGAUGUAUUCCCUGGCUGCACCAGGAAAGGGUGCGCCUUUCACCUCACCCAAGCGAUCUACAGGAAUAUACAGAGGAUCGGUCUCCAGCCUGCCUACUAUGAGAAGGCGGGCGCCUACGACUUCAUGCGGAGGCUCAUGGUCCUUCACUUCCUCCCAGCCGAACACAUCAGGGGGGCGUUUGACCAGAUGCGACAGCAGACCGACCAUCCAUUGCUGGUUCAACUCAUGCAGUACAUGGAGCGUGAGUGGAUGAACAACAGCGUGUGGACGGUGGACGAAUGGAGCGUUUACUAUCAGCCCGUCCGCACCAACAAUGACACGGAGGGGUAUCACACCAGGCUAAACAGGAAAGCCCAGCACAGCCUACCGUUCUACAUGCUAGUUGGUCUGCUGCACACUGAGUCGCAGUACGUGAGCCUGCAGGCGAAGCUUGUCAGCAUGAACCGACUAGCACGGUACAAACGUAAGCCGUACCGGGUACUGGAGAGUAAGCUGUACGAGCAGUGGGACAAGUACCACAACAAGGAGCUGACGACAUCUUCCUUCCUGCGCACGGUGUCACGCCUCUAUGGCCCCGUCCACAACUAAACUUGAGACGAUCGAAUGCUUAUAGCUUUCUGUAUAUACAAUGCUGUACGUUGUGAUGUAUUUUCUAUGUUAUAUUUUUUUUCUAAUGCACAUGUAAGUUAAGUUCUUUUGAUUGACUUUUUCCAUACGGAGCAUUAUGAUAUUGGUCCAGCUCUCAAACAUUGGUAUUUUGAUAUCGGUACAAGCUCUUCAUAAUACUAGUAAUCAACAUGUGCAAUGUAAUUUUCAUCUGGUUUUGUGAAUAUUCUUAUAUGGACCGUAUUUUUGUAAUGUAUGUGUUUCGUAUGAAUGAAUAUAAUGCAUUUUCAACUUUUUCAACUUUGCGAUUUGUUAUGAUAACUAGCGCGAUUUUUUGCCGAAAUCUGCCAGUUUGCGUCGGAUUUUGACUGCCAUUACGAUGUUAUUCUAGUACGUUGGUUAUGUUUUCUACCUUAAAUGUCGACGAUUUCAUGGCAGUUCUCUUCUUGUUAUGAAUAACGUUGCCGACUUGCUGUCCUCCAGAGAGAAAUUGUAUAUCCAACUAAAUAUAACACUGGUACAUCUAAGACUAAGGACCGUAGAUGCAGGAAUGCAACAUGUACAGCACGUACUUCAUUGCAUGGUAGAAAUUCGAUUUAUAGAAAGUAACGUUAUAUCUUUUUCAGACUAGAGUAGAUAGUAGAGUUUCUCUGGCGCAGGUAGGAAAGUCCUGAUCCAAUUUGUAUUUUCAAUACUGGUCUUCAUCUUAUGACCAUGACGAUGGAUAUAGUUCUACAAAAAAUAAAAUACGUUUCAAGAAAUUAGAACAUAUCGUCGUCUUCAUUAUGUUGUAUAAAGAUAAAAUGUAUACUGUGCCCCUUCUUUCGACAAUAAUGGUAUCGACCAAUGGCAUUUACUUACCCUUUUGCCCAGAAUUGUAAAUAGCGUAGCGGGGCAGGCUGCCAGCACUCGGUUUCAAGUGCGGAAUAUUUGUCGGCACUUGUUUUCCAGUGCAGAAUAUUUGUCGUCACUAGUUUACCAGUGUUUUAGCCUAUAUAUUGUAAUCCAGCAGUCUUUGUGCUUGUCAUGCUUUGACUACAGUGCGCCGACUCACAGUGGUUCCGCUAGCACAUUUAAACACUUUAUGGUUAUAUAAUUCAUCUCAGAUUCAACACAACUUGGGUGACAAAACCAACUGACGGGGAAACAUAAACAUCUAGUAACCAUUUCCCCGUCGCGUCAUUUCCCCGUCACGCCUUUUCCCCGUCAUACCUUUUCCCCGUCACGUCUUUUCCCCGUCAUACCUUUUCCCCGUCACAUGACGGGGAAACAUCCACACUGACGGGGAAAAGACGUGAC